AAUAUCGAUGUUUCUCCAGCUCUAGUAUAUAAGUGUGGGUGAAUACUUACACUUUUGUUAAUCAAAAAGGGGAUUUUCGUGUAAAAGGGUGACAUCAUGGUCUUCAAAUGCCAGGAGGACAGCUUCUUGAAGCAGUACACAACAAAAAUUGUGUCCUGCGAAUAUGCCACCCUCGAUCGGACCGACGUUGACGCAGCAACAGGUGGUGAAGUCCGUCCAGUUCGUGGCUUCAAUGUUGUGUGCGAGGACACCAUACUCUUCCCCGAAGGUGGCGGCCAGCCCUGCGAUUAUGGCACUAUUAAUGGGCAACCGGUGCGAAGUGUGCUGAGAAAGGGAGCCACUGCGGUGCACUUCGUGGAGUCGAGCUCGAGCUUUGAGGAGGGAGCCGAGGUGCACCAGAGCCUUGACUGGGAUCGUCGCCUCGAUCACAUGCAACAACAUUCCGGCCAGCAUCUGAUCACGGCUCUGUUCGAUCGGGAAUUCAAGUACGACACAACAUCCUGGUCGCUGGGAUCGAACGUCUCCUACAUUCAGCUGAAUACGCCGCAUCUGAUCAGUCGCGAGUCCCUGGACCUCAUUGAGCGUCAGGCCAACGAACUGAUCCGCGAGGGACGGCCGGUUAGCGUGGUGCUUGUCGAUCCCAAAGUCGAUGAAGAGUUUUCGGAUGCGCGUGCUGCGCGCGGCCUACCCAAGGACCACGAGGGCCUGGCAAGGGUGGUGCGCAUCGAGGGCGUUGAGAGCAACAUGUGCUGCGGCACUCACGUCACCGACCUCUCCCAGCUGCAAUGCAUCAAACUGCUCUAUGCGGAAAAGGUCAAGACCAAUGUCCUGGUCCACUUCGUGGUGGGCGUGCGAGUGCUGCGCAAGCUUGGCGAAGUCUUUCAGCGGGAGCAGCAGCUAACUGUGGCCCUGAAGGGUGGCGCUCAGCAGCAUUUGGAGCUGGUGCAGAAGCUGCAGCAGAAUGUGAAGGGCACCCGAAAGGCAUUCUUGCAGCUGCUGAAGGAUUUCGCCACUGCCGAGGCGGAGCGACUGGAUGAUCUGAGCAAGGCCCAGCGUCCCAAGUACUUUUCCCUGCAUCGUCGCGACGGCAUUGAGGUUGACUUCAUCCACACGUUUCUGCGACACGCGCCCGAAGACAUAUUCUACUUCCUGACAGUCUCCGAGGGCAUUGCAGCCGGCAGCAGUGCAAAAGGUCAUCUAGUGCUGCGCGGUGAUCCCGAGCUGGUAAAGGAACUUGGGCCACAAUUUCUCGAGCUUCUCGAGGGCAAGGGCAAUGGCAAAGAGGGAAGCUUCCAGGGCAAGAUCAACAAUCUGGCCAAGCUGCCCGAAUGCAUCGAGCUGCUCGAGAGCCACUUCAAGCCAAAGAAAACCAUCGAGCCGAAACCUGUCAGUGGCUCGUGAUCAAACAGAUUCACUUCUUUGCUGUGUACCAAACAUAUAUACAAAAAUAUUAUUCUAUAAAUUCCUACAC